AAGCUUCUCUGGGUCCCUGGUACAGACACGCACAAACGCUCUCCUUCUCUCUGGCAUACAUGCUCCUGUUAAGAACCCCUGAGAUAAAAGUGACUUUUCUCGUUCCUUGAUCAGAAAAAAAAAAAAUCUUGACUACAAGGGGCCAUAUGGUCACACUAAGCUAUUUGGGAUGGACAUAUAUGCAGAACAAUCUUCCAGAAGGUUUUAAAAUUCAGAAGUCUCAAUGUUGACAGUGUCUCUCAAAGGACAAAGCCUUCGGUUGAACAGCACUAACUUCCUCUUUACUGUUGCUUCCUUUCUUCGGAGGUAACACUAUCUUCAUCUCUUUCAAAAACAUUUUUUCCUUCUUAAUUUGCCAGGUAUGCCAACAGUUAUUAAAGCUUCAGUGGCACAGCCGACAAGGGCUGGGCCACUUUCCCCAGGAUUGGUUCCUGCUCCGGUCCAUAAUCCGACCACCGAUGCGGGUGGGGUGAAUUCUGGGGGCAUCUAUUCAGCUAUUAUCAGCCGAAAUUUCCCUAUUAUUGGAGUGAAGGAGAAGACUUUUGAGCAACUACACAAGAAAUGUCUAGAAAAGAAGGUUCUGUAUGUGGAUCCUGAUUUUCCUCCCAAUGAGACCUCUCUGUUCUACAGUCAGAAGUUCCCCAUCCAGUUUGUCUGGAAGAGACCACCGGAAAUCUGCGAGAAUCCCAGGUUUAUCAUUGGUGGAGCCAACAGAACUGACAUCUGCCAAGGAGAUUUAGGGGACUGCUGGUUCCUGGCUGCCAUUGCUUGUCUGACCCUGAAUGAGCGACUACUUUUCCGAGUUAUCCCCCAUGAUCAAACUUUCACUGAAAACUAUGCUGGGAUUUUCCAUUUCCAGUUCUGGCGUUAUGGAGACUGGGUGGAUGUGGUUAUUGAUGACUGCCUCCCAACCUAUAACAACCAGCUGGUCUUCACCAAAUCCAACCAUCGCAAUGAGUUUUGGAGUGCUCUGUUGGAGAAGGCCUACGCAAAGCUCCAUGGCUCUUAUGAAGCCCUGAAAGGUGGUAACACCACAGAAGCUAUGGAGGACUUCACUGGAGGAGUGACAGAAUUCUUUGAGAUCAAGGACGCUCCCAGAGACAUGUACAAGAUCAUGAAGAAAGCUAUUGAGAGGGGUUCCCUCAUGGGCUGCUCCAUUGAUGAUGGUACAAACAUGACCUAUGGGACUUCUGGUUGUAGCAUGGGGGACCUGAUUGCUAGGAUGGUGAAGAAUUUGGAUAACUCCCAACUAAGGGAUUCAGACCUAGAUCCAAGAGGCACAGAUGACAGGCCAGCCCGGACAAUUGUUCCAGUGCAGUAUGAGACACGAAUGGCCUGCGGGCUAGUCAAAGGUCAUGCAUAUUCAGUCACUGGACUAGAAGAGACAACAUUUAAAGGAGAGAAGGUGAAGUUGGUGCGGCUGAGGAACCCCUGGGGUCAGGUGGAAUGGAAUGGCUCCUGGAGUGAUGGCUGGAAGGACUGGGUCCUGAUUGAAAAAGAGGAGAAAUCUCGCUUGCAGCACCAGGUGACAGAAGAUGGAGAGUUCUGGAUGUCCUAUGAAGAUUUCAUGUAUCAUUUCACAAAGCUUGAGAUCUGCAACCUCACAGCUGAUGCCCUGGAAUCUGACAAGCUUCAGACCUGGACUGUCUCUGUGAACGAGGGCCGCUGGGUGCGGGGAUGCUCUGCUGGAGGCUGCCGCAACUUUCCAGACACUUUUUGGACCAACCCUCAGUAUCGCCUGAAACUUCUGGAAGAAGAUGAUGAUCCUGAAGACACUGAGGUUGUUUGCAGCUUCCUAGUGGCCCUGAUGCAAAAGAACAGGAGGAAGGAUCGGAAACUGGGAGCCAACCUUUUCACCAUUGGUUUCGCUAUCUAUGAGGUGCCAAAAGAGAUGCAUGGGAACAAACAACAUCUACAGAAGGAUUUCUUUCUGUACAAUGCCUCCAAAGCCCGGAGUAAAACCUACAUCAACAUGCGCGAAGUGUCUGAGCGCUUCCGCCUGCCCCCCAGCGAGUAUGUCAUCGUCCCCUCCACUUACGAUCCACACCAGGAGGGAGAGUUCAUCCUUCGCGUCUUUUCUGAAAAAAGGAACCUCUCUGAAGAUGUAGAAAAUACAAUUGCUGUGGAUCAUCCUGUGAAAAAGAAAAAGCACAAGCCUAUCAUCUUCGUGUCUGACAGAGCAAACAGCAAUAAGGAACUGGGAAUGGACCAUGAAUCUAAGGAGGGCCAGGACAAAACAAACUCUGAUAAGCCCGAAAAACCAACUCAGCCAACCUCAGGUAACACUGACCGAGAGAGCGAGGAGCAAGUGCAAUUCAAGAACAUUUUUCGGCAGAUUGCGGGUGAUGACAUGGAAAUUUGUGCUGAUGAACUCAAGAAUGUUCUCAACACAGUGGUGAAUAAACAUCAAGACUUGAAAAUAGAUGGAUUCACCCUAGAAUCCUGCCGAAGCAUGAUUGCCCUGAUGGAUACGGAUGGUUCUGGACGGUUGAACCUGCAGGAAUUUCACCACCUCUGGAAGAAGAUCAAGAGCUGGCAGAAAAUCUUCAAACACUAUGACACAGACCACUCCGGCACCAUCAACAGCUAUGAGAUGCGCAAUGCUGUGAAUGAUGCAGGCUUCCACCUCAACAGUCAGCUCUACGAUAUUAUCACUAUGCGUUAUGCAGACAAGCAUAUGAACAUCAACUUUGACAGCUUCAUCUGCUGCUUUGUACGGCUGGAGGGCAUGUUCAGAGCUUUUCAAGCCUUUGACAAGGAUGGAGACGGCAUCAUUAAACUCAAUGUUCUAGAGUGGCUGCAGCUUACAAUGUAUGCCUGAACCAAGCUUUUCUCACCUCAACUAAAUUGAACAGAAUGAACCAUUUGUGAUGUCAACCACUGCAGCUAGUCACGUGUAAAAAACAAGCAAUAAUAUCUCUAACAGUUUCUGGAUUCCUAUGGUGGUUCUCUUCCCAGUCAUUCUGUAUUCCCAACUAGCCUCAGGAUGUUUCAGUUUCAUUAUUUACUAUACCCCACCCUGGGCUUAUCACAUGCCUUCCCCAGGCUGUUCCCCAACCAGCCCCUAGCCCUCUAGGAUAAGGCAGAGGUAUAACUUCUCUUCCCCAUAAAAUCAGUGACAUUUCAGACUACUACAAUGAAACAAGUCUCUGCCAACUUCAUGGAAUUACAAUUUACCCUGGGGCAAGAUUUCAACUGGAGAGGAUCAGUCCUGGCAACUAAAAGGCUAACUUGAUUCUAGAGCAAGGGUUUGAGUCUUCAAACAAGGUCCCUCUUUAGUCACCAUAUCUUCAGAUCAGAACUGACUUGAGGAGGUGGAUCAUACUACAAUUAUUGCUAGGAAAACUAUAACCACUUUAAAACCAGAUUGGGGGAACAAUAGGGAAAUACUUCCUGGGGUAUUUGUCCAGUAUUAUCCUUUGCUGGUCACAUUAAAGAAAAAGAUCUUUAUUCACAUGCUAGUGGACAUUAAGCAUGGAGUGCAAUCUGGAAUCCUUCCCUCUAUCCCAGUCCUUGGUUCUGUCUUGGUUUUGCAUAAUAAAGAUUUUAUUUGUUUUAGAUUUAUACAGAGGAAAGGUAGACCAGGGCAAUUUCUUGUUUGGGUUGUCACAGAUGAUUGGUUGUGGUCCCAAUAAAACUUUCAAAACUGAAUAAAAA